AAACGGUUAAGAAACUGUAGAAACUUGCCUAGGCUUCAGGUUGUAUUUUGAGAAAAUGUGAUAAUGUUCAAUAAAGUCGUUUAUAAAUCAGUCAAUCAAGUGCAAGUACACGCUACGUUGAUUUUAAUAUUAUGUUUAUCGAAAAAAGUACUGACUCAAAAUGGCCGAUGAGAGAUGACGUUUGUCCAUUACGGCUCACACAGCGCUCGAGACUGCUAGCUUUAUGUAAGUUAUAUCUACAGUCUGGUCUUGGUCGCUCGCCUUAGCGGACCGCGAAGGUUGGAAUGAACGGCGGGCGACUAUCGUGGUGUUUCUUGCGGGCCUCAGCGACCCGCUGCUGGGUGGCCGAAGCCAGCAGGAAGAUGUCUCGGUCUGGAGGCGGUGGAACUCCGAACGUGUUCGACAGAAACAUGAAGAAAAAACAGAAGGAAUGGGCGGGUUCAGGUCACGAAACCCGGAAGUACGACUACCUCAGGGAAGAGGUUGGCAGUCGACUGGCGGACCGUGUGUAUGACGUAGCCAGGACCUUUCCUCUGGCGUUAGAGAUUGGUGCUGGACGAGGUCACAUUGCACAGCAUUUAAGUAAGGAUGUGGUGGAGCGUUUGUUUUUGACGGACAUCUCUGAGGCGACCCUGAGACAGAAUGUCGGCGGUGAAAUGAAGUGUCACGCGCUGGUGGCCGAUGAGGAGUUUCUUCCUUUACGGGAGAACACAUUCGAUUUGGUUCUCAGCAGCAUGAGUCUGCACUGGACCAACGACCUGCCCGCUGCACUAAGACAGAUCCACUAUGUCUUGAAGCCGGAUGGGGUGUUCAUCGGCGCAAUGGCUGGCGGGGAUACUUUGUAUGAACUGCGCUGCUCGCUGCAGCUUGCUGAGACUGAGCGAGAGGGAGGAUUCUCUCCACACAUCUCACCCUUCACUGCCGUAACAGAUGUGGGAAACCUGCUCGGGCAGGCUGGAUUCAACAUGCUCACCGUGGAUAUUGAUGAGGUGCAAGUCAACUAUCCGGGCAUCAUGGAAGUGAUGGUGGACUUACAAGGUAUGGGUGAGAGUAACUGUGCUUGGAACCGAAGAUCCAUGUUGCACCGAGACACCAUUUUGGCAGCUGCAGCUGUUUAUAAAGAAAUGUACGGUAACAAGGACGGCUCAGUUCCUGCCACCUUUGACAUCCUCUACAUGAUUGGCUGGAAACCUCACCACUCUCAGGCCAAAGCAGCCAAACGAGGCUCUGCAACCGUCUCCUUUGGGGAUUUGUCCAAAAUAAACCAGAGCAAUGAGGACAAGUGAACCACACACAAAGGAAAUAUAUAUUUAUUCAGCAUGUACAUUAAAAAUGAGUGGAGCUUGAAGGACAAGAUGUUUCAAAUGGUUGGAUAAAGCUUGUGAAGCCCUUUAAGACACUGAUUAAGGAAUAUAUAAAUAAAUGUGACUUGACUUUGUUAA